AAGUCCUCAAUCAUAUAGUUCGAUUUGACCAACAGAAGAGGCAAGGAAGAAGAGAGAAAUGGAAGAGAAAAAUGGGCAAGUCGAAAAAUCAAGCGAUGGCUCCGUCUGUGGCUACGACUCACUUCACCACCUCCUGAGUGCAAAUCUCAAACCCCAUCUCUUCCAGGAAGUCAACCGUAUUCUGUUAGGUCUGAAUUGUGGCAAGCCACUAGAAACAAUUUCUGUUCCAGAAUCUGCUAAAGGGCUCUCGUCGCAACAUGAUUUUGACCUCCAGGCUUUCUGCUUUCAUGCGGACAAAGAGUUGUUAAGGGAACCUCGAAUUGUGAGGGUUGGUCUCAUUCAAAACUCUAUAGCUGUUCCAACUACUGCCCACUUUAUGGACCAGAAGAGGGAAAUAUUUGGGAAAUUAAAGCCAAUAAUUGAUGCUGCAGGUGUUUCAGGAGUAAACAUUUUAUGCUUGCAGGAAGCAUGGACAAUGCCGUUUGCCUUUUGUACGCGGGAGAAGAGGUGGUGUGAAUUUGCGGAGCCUGUAGAUGGGGAAUCAACACGAUUUCUUCAGGAUCUUGCACGGAAAUAUAACAUGGUCAUCAUAAGUCCAAUUCUUGAGAGGGAUGUCAAUCAUGGGGAGACUCUCUGGAAUACUGCUGUCAUAAUAGGAAAUCAUGGCAACAUAAUUGGCAAGCAUCGAAAGAACCAUAUACCAAGAGUUGGGGACUUCAAUGAGAGUACUUAUUAUAUGGAAGGAAAUACCGGGCAUCCAGUUUUUGAGACUGCAUAUGGAAAAAUUGCGGUAAAUAUAUGUUACGGAAGGCAUCAUCCUUUGAAUUGGUUGGCAUUUGGCUUGAAUGGUGCAGAGAUUGUCUUCAACCCAUCUGCCACUGUUGGUGAACUCAGUGAACCAAUGUGGCCCAUUGAGGCUCGUAAUGCUGCAAUUGCAAAUAGUUUCUUCGUUGGAUCAAUCAACCGUGUGGGGACAGAGGUUUUCCCAAAUCCAUUUACUUCUGGUGAUGGCAAGCCACAACAUUCAGACUUUGGCCAUUUCUACGGGUCAAGUUAUUUUUCUGCCCCAGAUGCCUCAUGCACCCCUUCUCUUUCACGCCAUUGUGAUGGGUUGUUGAUGUCAGACAUGGACCUCAACCUCUGUAGACAGAUAAAAGACAAGUGGGGAUUCCGAAUGACUGCUCGUUAUGAGUUGUACGCCGAUCUGCUUGACCGUUAUUUGAAGCCAGAUUUUGAGCCCCAAGUCAUUUCUGAUCCCAUGUUACAUAAGAAGACUGCAUAAUGGUUUAGUCACGGGUUAUUGCACCAGAAGAUUGCACAAUGCAAGAUAUAGCUCGAAUAAAUCUGUGCGCAGAACUUACUGUUUCAGAUAUAUGUCGGUAUAAUAAUAUUCAUGCAAAAGAAACGUUUUGUAGAUAAAAUUACGUAAAAUGUGCAAGCAAGAAAAGUUAUGAAGAAUGCGAACCAAGGUGUCCAGAAACCUGUGCUGAAUUCUACAGACCUUAUACACUUGAGGACCAGGAGCUAGUCUUAUUGUUCUUCAUCUCCUUGCUCUUGAUUUACUUCAGAGUAUGACCAACUGAUACAGUUGUUGAGGUAAAUUGCGCUUUUAAAAAAGAAAAAUAAUAAUAAUUUGUUCGAGGUUGGCAAUCUAGUCCUACAUGGUCAUGGUCUGCUGCUCUGAAAUACUACAAAAGAAAAGUCUGAAAAACUACGGUAGAGUUGGAUAGAUCCCUUCCCAAAGUUUCCAUCCCUCCUCAGUAUGCUUGUUGGUGAGAGCAUGGCCCAAAAAUAUGUAAUGCUCCGGUGGUACGUGGUCAUGUUUUUAUUUGUGCUUCAGUCUCCAAAUGUUGUAAAUUCAACUCUCGUUUGUAGUAUAGUUGUAUAACUAAUAAAAAAUUACAAGAAUGGGA